AGACUCCUCCUGCUGUGUAACUCAGCCCCCAAGUGAUCUCUUCUCCAUAUAAACUCCAUCUCCCCACGUCCUAUCUGGUCAGUGUUUUUUGAAUCACCACCGGCUUGCCAGCAUGCAUACAGUCCUUCUGUGGGCGUUUUUGGGAUGCCUAGCUUCUGCUAUGGCAGCCCCCGCAGACGUCAAAGUGAGAUGGUGCGUUAAGUCAGAUUUAGAGUUAAAGAAGUGCACCGAUCUUGCCAAGACAGCACAGUUGGUGUGCGUAAAACGAGAAGGGUCGGAGGAGUGCAUCAAAGCUAUUAAGGACUUGCAAGCUGAUGCCAUCACCCUUGAUGGUGGAGAUAUCUAUGUAGCUGGCCUUAUCAACUAUGAUCUGCAUCCCAUCAUUGCAGAAGAUUAUGGCACAAGUUCUGAGACAUGCUACUAUGCUGUUGCCGUGGUAAAGAAAGGCACUGACUUCACUUUCAAGACUCUGAAGGGGAAGAAAUCUUGCCAUACCGGCCUGGGGAAGUCUGCUGGUUGGAACAUUCCCAUUGGCACCCUGGUGGCACAGGGUCAGAUCCAGUGGACUGGCAUUGAGGACAAGCCAUUGGAAGAUGCUGUGAUGGAGUUUUUCUCAGCAAGCUGUGCCCCUGGAGCAAACAAGGACUCCAAACUGUGCAAGCUGUGCAAGGAUGACUGCAGUCGUUCCCACAAGGAGACCUAUUAUGACUAUCAUGGGGCUUUCCAGUGUCUUCAGGAUGGAGCUGGAGAUGUGGCAUUUGUGAAGCACCUGACUGUUCCUGACAGUGAGAAGGGCAACUAUGAGCUCCUGUGUAAGGAUGGUACCAGGAAGAGCAUAGAUGACUACAAGACUUGCCAUCUGGCAAGGGUGCCAGCCCAUGCAGUGGUCAGUCGUAAGGACCCUGAGCUGGCCAAGCGCAUCUUUGAUGUACUGACUCCAGUUGAGAGCAAACUCUUCGUUUCUGAUCCCUAUGGAGGCAAAAACCUGAUGUUCAAAGACUCAGCAACAAAAUUGGUUCAGCUGCCCAGCACCACUGACUCUUUCUUAUACCUGGGAGCUGAAUACAUGAGCAUUAUUCGUUCCCUAAAGAAAGAGAGAGGCUCUGGCAGCGCUUCUCAGUCCAUUAAAUGGUGUGUCACAAGCAAAGCCGAGAGAGACAAGUGUGACAGCUGGAGCGUUAGCAGCUUGGACAGCGUCUUCUGUGAAAUGGCAGGAUCUGUGGAUGAAUGCAUCAAGAAGAUCAUGCGCAAACAGGCCGAUGCUAUGACCAUUGAUGGAGGAGAAGUGUAUACUGCUGGGAAGUGUGGCUUGGUUCCUGUAAUGGUGGAACAGUAUGUAGAAGCUUUGUGCAAGCCUGAUGCCUCUGGUCCUGCUUCUUCAUACUACGCUGUGGCAGUGGCAAAGAAGAGCAGUGAUAUCACCUGGGAGACACUCAAGGACAAGAAAUCCUGCCAUACAGGGUUGGGUCGCACUGCUGGCUGGAACAUCCCAAUGGGCAAAAUCCAUAGUACCACUGGAGUCUGUAACUUCGAUAAAUUCUUCAGUGCAAGCUGUGCCCCUGGGGCAGAUAAGCUCUCCCCUCUUUGCUCACUCUGUAUGGGAAGCGGUAAAGCGGUAGGUGGAGAGGACACCAAAUGCCAGCCAAGUGCAGAUGAAUUGUAUUAUGGUUAUGGAGGAGCUUUCAGAUGUCUCGUUGAGGGAAAGGGUGAUGUGGCUUUUAUAAAGCAUACCAUUGUCAAUGAGUAUACUAUUGAAAAAGUACCUGCUUGGGCUCAGGGUGCGAAAGCUACAGAUUUCAAACUCAUUGGUCCUGGCUGCUCUGCUGAUAUCAAAGACUAUGAGAAGUGCAACCUAGCCAGAGUGCCUGCACAUGCUGUGGUCACUCGUCCAGAGAUGCGGGAUGAUGUGGUGACAAUCCUCAAAAAGCAGCAGGAGAAAUUUGGCCCCUCUGGAUCAGAGUCAUUUAAAUUGUUUGAGUCGACUGAUGGAAAGAACCUCCUCUUCAAAGACUUCACACAAUGUCUCCAGGAUAUUCCAUCUGGACAGAGCUACAAGGACUUUUUGGGCCCUGACUACAUGACAGCAAUGACCUCUCUGAGACAGUGUUCCAGCAGUAUCUCAGAGCUGGAGCAGGCUUGUACCUUCCAUACCUGCCAGCAAAAGGCAUAGAGGAGAGAGCAUGCAGAUCAAAACUCGCCUCCAAAGAGACCAAACUCUGACUUCAAUUUCAUCUUUUUUGGCUUUCCCUUAUGAAGAAAAUUGGGGAUGUUGUUUGUUGUUCCUGUGCAACUGUUAUUGCAGUGAUACUGUAACUUUUUUCUGUCUAAUAUUUGGCUCUUUAUGAAAGUUUGUAAAACAAAGAAAAACUAAAGAAAUAAAUACCUUUUCUAAUGCA